UUCCCAUUGGCAGGCCAGGGGCCACGAAUACUCGACUCGAGCUCUGUACAAAAAUGAGUGAUCACGACGAUGUUCGCCGUUCGAGUAGCCGCUCGCUCUCCGCCGGGAGUGCCGACCACCGAGCCGUCUCUGGCAGCGAAGAGCGCCGUAAAGACUCGGUCCACAGAAGUGUGUCUCGAGAGCGAACGAGCUCGCGCUCGCGCGACGAGAAGGACCGCGGCCGCAGCCGCAGUCGUGGAGGCGGUGGAGGCAAGGCUGGCGUCUCGCUCUUGGUGCGAAACCUCAACAAAUCCACCUCUGCGGACGACGUGAAGGAGCUUUUCAAUCAAUAUGGCGAAGUCCGCGACGUGUACACCCCUCUCGACUUCUACACCAAGCAAUCGCGAGGCUUUGCGUUUGUCGAAAUGACCGACCUCGAAGGCGCCGAAGCUGCGAUCAAGGAAAUCGACAGCCGCGAACUCGACGGCAACCGCUUGACUGUAGUCAUGGCGCAGGAAAAGCGCAAGACGCCGCAAGAAAUGCGCAAGCGUGACCGCCAAGCGUCAUCUCCUCGUCGACGGGACCGACGGGAUCGGUCUCGCUCCCGUUCCCGCGACCGUCGCAGUCGUCGCAGCCGCAGCCGCAGCCGAACCCCCCCGCGACGAAGCAGUCCGCGUCGCCGAUCUCGUUCGCGCUCCCCGGCGCGUCGCCGCUCGCCCCCUCCGCGUAGCCGCCACCGUUCGCGCUCCUAAAGUGACCGCCUCUGACGACAUGAACACGAUUACACUGAUGCUAACGUUUUGGUUUAUCUUUUCGAACGCCUAAACUAUUGAUGAGUGCGUUGUUCCCGUGCGCCAACGCCACGACAGAUGUCGCAGCUUCGCCUAC